AUGCGGUGGGUUAUCGAAGGUGUUGACUAUCUGUGGGUGAGCUGUGAUGGACUGGAGUACCCCUUCAGCAGCAGGGUGGGAAGAAGCGCAGUCUCCAGCGGUGCAUCAAUCACCUAUGUACCAAGCAUCGAGUGGGAAGGCACUACAUCCGUUACAACCCCUCUUCCCACCACGUCAUGCCAGCCAACCACGUUGUUUGUGUGUCUCAUACCACCUGUGGAGCAGCAACCCGGUUGGGAGCCGGAGUUUGUUUACGAUCACAUUGCUCGCCUGCGACUCGUUGCACUUGCUGAGGAGGGUCGAAAGAAACAGCAACUGAUGCGCGUGGCAGGACAUGUUUCCCUCUUCAUAGAAUACAGCUUCCCACUGACGACUCUACUCCCUCCGCCUCCCUUACCACUCGCACCUGCCAACCUCCUUGUGCCGCAUGUUUCCUCACGGAUAACUGCUGCUCGCUUUGGCUGA